AUGGCUUCGACAGUGUAUAUGGCAAAUCCCCCUGCGGGGGUGGAGCGAUUUGCGGGUGACACUAUUCAGCCCAAUAUGGCAGCAUGUGCCAUCACGACGGCAGUCAUCGCCUUGGCGAUUGUGGUACUCCGUCUUUAUACACGCAUCUUUCUUACCGCGGCACGAUUUCAGAUGGACGAUGUUAUGCAGACUGGUGUUGGCCUCCACAUGUGGAAUGUGACAAUGGCUCAGUAUAAUCCAGGCCUUGGCAUUUGGACCCUUGCCGCCACUCUCUUCUACGCUUGGGCCGUCAUUUUCUCUAAGCUCUCGAUCCUCGCCUUUUAUCUUCGCCUUUCUCCUCAGUUCUGGUUCCGCAUGCUCACGAUGGGCUUAAUGGCCAUCGCGACAUGCUAUGUCCUCGUUUAUACAUUCCUUUUCAUCUUCCGAUGCAAUCCCAUCGACAAAAACUGGGACAUAACUAUCACAACAGGGUCCUGCCUUAAUACCCGUACCAUUAUGACGGUCCUUAGUGUGGCAAACAUCGUCAUGGAUGCUCUGACACUCGUGCUUCCCAUCCCUGUCAUAAUGGGUCUCAAUAUGCGGCUCGCUCAGAGAGUGUCAGUUGUUUUGAUCUUCUCAUCCGGUAUCUUCGUGUGUGCCAUUGCAAUCAAACGUACUGUACAAAUGCUUGGGGCUUUGACAUCAGCUGAUUACACGUGGGACAUCACUGAACAAUUUUAUUGGUCCUAUAUUGAGGUCAACGCUGGAAUCCUGUGCGCUUCAGUUCCGGCCCUGAAGCCGUUUGCCAAACGCCACUUGAGCAAUGUGUUUGGAUCUUCACAGAGAUAUAAUGGUAGGAAUGGCAUAUCCGGAGAGCCUACAGAUCAGGAUACGGAGGCUAUCAUGCUUAGAUAUACCCCUAAGCGCUCCAGCUACACGCAGUUCUAG